AUGGGUAAGGAAGUGCUGGUAGAAGCAAUUGACGGGGCAAAGUAUUCUGGGAUAUUUACUGCAUGUUCACCUGAACUUGACAUUGGUUUACGACACGCGUAUAAAAUUACCACGGGUAAUAUGGCGAACCUGCUGCCGAAGAAGGAGGACAUGACCACCAAGAUGCUAUUUAAAUUCAAUGAUAUCGUUGCUAUGUCAGCACUAAUGAAUGAGGAAAAGGUUAUCCGAGGGUUUGUUACUGACCGUGACUACCAUGUAAAACAACAGAAUGGACGUCUUGGAGAAGAAGAACAUGACUUACAAGAAUGGAGUGCUGAUGAAGAUGCAGAGGAGUUCGAACAAUUGGAUCAGAUGCCAGAUCAGCGCCAGCGAUAUCAACGCAAUAAUGGGUGGAAUGUUGAGGAGAUGUUCAGCACGAAUUCGCAGAUGGGUGUUCAUGCACCCGUGGAGGGUAAUGAAGAGGAUCGUCGUCGAGCAGACCAAAUUGCUAGGGAAAUAGAAAGUAGCCAACAGAGCAAAUUUAACGCACGUCUGGAGAACGAUGAUGACGAGCGUGAUCUCGACAAGCAGACAACGGAGGAGGAUUUUGAGAUGCAAUCUAAACGAAGCAUCGCAGGACAGCGUGGUAAUUACAUUAGUCGCAACCAGCGCAAUGGUAUCGGUGGUCCACCAGUGGGUAAUCGUCGUGCUGAUGCUCUCAGAGGGACAGAUCGUAGAGGUAGUGGAACACCGGGAAGGUAUCCAGCACAAUCACAUAGCGUAAAUUCGUCUCAAAACAGAGUGAUGUCUGGUAACAAGUACGAACCGAAAAGUCGUCCAACUGCUCAAGAACUUACGGAUAGCUUUAACGCCGCUGCUCGACGAGCCGAUGGUUUGCGAGGGUGGAAUCAAGAAUUUAACAACAAUUACCGACCAGAGGGCAAGGUGGACACGCCUCGGGAUUCACCGGCUCGUGCUGCUCCCGCUGCCCCGACUGGCAACGCAUGGGCUAGGGGCCCUCCAACUAGUGUAACCAACAUGCAUAACUCUCAACAUACCACUCCCAUACCAGCCUCACCUCCACGUACUGUUGGAACUCGUACUCCUGAUCCUGUGCCAAACUCUACCAAUGACCAGCCUCCUGAUGCAUCUUCUACAACUACUUCUUCUCCACAAACCGAAAGUUCUCCAACAGUGGCUGCAACACCUACUCCGACGCCAACACCGACUCCUACGCCAACACCAGCGCCAGCGUCGAAUUCGGGUGGGCGGGCACCAACACAUGAGACUACAUCGGAUUCAGCACCAACACCUGCUGUGACCACGGAGAAGGAAGAGGGCACGAAGAAGUUCACAUUCAAUGUAAACGCACCAGCGUUCAAACCACGUAGCGCAACAGCUCAAAUGCAACAAUCUCCACAAGUUGUGCCUGCAGCGCCACAGGCCAUGUUGGGUGCUGUCCCUAUGGUACCAGCUGGAGUCCCUAUUCAAACGGCUAUGCCUCCUCCCGGUAUGUUACCGACAAUGCAGACUGGUCAGCCUCCUGUACUUGUACAGUGGCAAGGUGCUCCUGGCCAACAGUACCAGAUGCCUGGAUAUCAAUAUGUUGUGGCUGGUGGUCAACCGGUAAGCAUGAUGGCAAGCCAACCCAUGGCAAUGGGUGGUCCGCGACCCAGUGGUCCUCCUGCGGUCGCUUUCCAGCAGGGUAGUCGUCGCCAGGUGAUGGUCCCUCCUUCAGCUCAGUGGCAGCCUCACGUUAUGCAAGUCGGACAAGGAAUGGUACCAUAUACCUACCAGUCUUUCUCUGUGCAAGGUGGCGCCUCCGGUGGUGCUAGUGCUGGAGUUGUUCCUGCUCCUGCACAGCAAGCCGGCUUCUCUGGGCCGCAAGCGCCUCCACCACAGAUGAUGCCAACUACCCCGCAAGCUACGGCACCACCGCCGGGUAUAUAUCCGCAGCGUUUUGUUCCUGCCCAGGGCUACGUUCUUCCACAGACUGGCGUUCAAGCACAGGCGCGGUUCCCAACGCCACAACAAACACCACACCAAGGGAUGGAAGCUGCACAUUUUCAAGCACAAGGUGCUUCUGGAUCUGCUGCGACAUCGACCGGUCCAAACAGCCAGCCACCAACGCCAGGGCCUUCCCCAGCACAGGGUGGACGUGGCGGCUCUCCCGUUCAACAGGCAACAGGAGCUAUGCAACAAUCAGUAGGACCACCGCCACCACAACAGUUCAUGGCCCAAGUGUCGGCGGCCCCACCACCUCAUUUUUAUGCGACUGCGCAGCCGGUCUAUGGUAUGUAUUCGGCUCCGACUGGUCAAGGAAUGGUCGUCUAUAGUGGACCAGGUGGUGUGCCCAUGGCAAUGCAGCCAGCCCAUCAUGAUCCUACUAUAAUGCAACAGCCACAUCAGCAGCAGCAGCAGGGUAGUGGUGGUCUUCCACCACCUCAUCAUCAGCAAUACACAAUGCCGCAUGAAGGAUAUGGGAACUUUGUACAAGCAACGCCAUUCUAUCAACAACCGCCACCGAACCAAAUGUCGCGACAGAAUUCCUCCCAACAAGGUGUUUAUCCGCAGCAGGGACCGGGAGCUCCUCCUCCACCACCUCAACAGCAGCAACAAGCACCACAAAGUACCCCUUCGACCGCGCCACCGCAGCAACAGUAA